AUGGCAUUGCGCCUGCGCAGUGAGAUGACUUUGCAUUGGUUUCCAGCUGGUAAGUGAGGUCAGUGGCUCGCGCGCACUCCUGCCUCAGUUUGAUACAGAGAGCAUUAGAGGUGGGGUAUGAACAACUAUCGUCUGCUAUAGAUACAACCAUCUAUUCAUUAGUGUGACAUCAUUACCACGCGUAGAAUUACAAGCCUCCUUCCACUGAUUUAUAUUGUGUAUACCAUUUGAUUUUGAUUUUGAAAAAAAGGCGUAUGGAAAGUCUGGUUUAAUCAGCGUUACCAAGCAGUUCAGGAAUUCUCCAUGCUGGUUUUAACCCCUCCCCCGCGUAACAUUGGUGAUUUACCAGCAGAGAAGGAAAAGAGAAAUAUAGAAUCGAGACAGGAGAUAAUGCAACCGAUGGAGAUGGAGGAGGCAACAAGGAGCCCUGGUCGAGGGGAUGAACAACGUAGCUAUUCGACUGGAGCUCGAUCGCCCACCGGGACCUCAGAUUCAAGCCCUGCCUCGAGCCCGCGGGCGACGCCACCAUCACCCGACCCAACAGCAGCAGCUAUCCAUACAUGCCAGCCUCCCAUGGAAAACCUAGAUCGUAACGUUAUGAGAGCCCGUCAUCAUCCCCAGCCCAGCCCGCCAGUCAUGCGGAGAAUGGAACGUCAAGAACAAUCACCCACACGACCUCCGAAGCUCACGUCAUUCUCUGUUUUGGACAUUUUAGACCCGAACAAAUUCACGAAAUCGCCAUCAGUAACGGGCCGUGAUUCGGACUGUCUUUCGUCCCCGAAUGACGAUCAAGAUGAACGAUUGUCGCCUGACUUCUCGCUGGCACAUCAUGCAGUAUCCACGGCCUCGCCGUUCUUUUCUCAUCGGACACCGGGUCGGUUGCUAGCCGUGCGCCCCCGCUCAUCUCCCGGCGUACCACACGACAGCGACAAUUGCGGCGCAGGUGAGGUUUACUAA